AUGGAAAAUGGGAUUUACAUGCAAUUUUUUCAAAAUAUUUCCCAGUAUCUGUGCCGAGAUAACACUGCCAAUGAUUGUACUCUAUCUGUUUGGUUCUCGUUUUCUAGUUUGUGCCUCAGACCUGAUAGUGGUUGCAUCACCAUUAUUAUUGUAGGCUGCUCCACUGUACUUAUUAGAGAUGGCCCCACCAAACUCAUUGACGUCGGCAUUGGAAGAAUUGUGGAAUGGAUGGGUUUAGUGGAGGUCCCUUGCCAUGGCUGCCGCUCCUACUUUCUCCUUCAUGCUCGGUGCCCACAUGGUCUCACCAAAAUUGACAAAAACUUCCAUGGCACUGUCGAAACGAUUCGAGGCACCCCUGAUAUCCUCGCAGAACUUAAUGAUAUAAUGGCUGCCGCCAGCACUCUUAUAACCUUCAGCCAAUCCUUAAGAAAGAUGAUUCAACGUAAAUAUUGGCCUCAACUGAUAAUGGCUGCAACAAUCCCAUUCUUCCAGCAAGUCGCAGGAUUCAGCAUUGCAACCAUCUACACUGCAAGCUUGAUUCAAAACAUCGGUUUUGGUGAGAAUUCAUUACUUAUGUCAGCAUUGGUAAUAAGGUUAACAGGCAACAUCUCUGCUCUUGCUUUGAUGACUGUCGUUGAUAGAAUUGGCCGACGGGUAAAGUUCAUGGUGGGCGGCAUCCAGAUGCUCAUCUCGUUGGUGAUGGUUGGCAAAGCAUUGGCGACACAACUCGGCAGCGAUGAUGAGAUUAGCAGGAGCGCGCUAUGCAUACAUGUACACUUGGGUUUGCUUUUGUUUUGUGCUUAUCUUAUGACCUUCGGAUGGUCUUGGGGGCCUCUAGGAUGGUUGGUUCGACAUGAGAUUUUCCCACUAGCGGUCAAAUGA